GUUUGCACCUCUGCCUGAUUCUUCGGGUGUGUACUUCCCGGUGCUUAGCGUCCGCUCUUAUCAGCUUUCCCAACUUCUCUUUCUUCCUUCUUCCAACCUACACCCUCAGUCCUUUCAUCAUGGCGGACUACGACAACGAUUCCAGUCGCUACGCUGACGAGCCUCGCUAUGAUCGUGAGCGCAGCGCCUCUCCUCGCGAUGAGCCUCGAGCCGACCGCGACCGUGCUCGCAGCCGCUCCCCCAAUGGCCGCUCUGAUGACAGAGCUCCUCUGGCUCGCAAGCCUCUCGAGGAAGAUGAUGAAGGCGCCAUCAACUCUGGCUCUAACCUUUUUGUUACUGGUAUUCACCCGCGCCUGACCGAGUCCGAUAUUUCGCGUCUGUUCGAAAAGUACGGCGAUGUUGAUAACUGCUCUAUCAUGCUGGACCCCCACACCAAGGAGUCCCGUGGAUUCGGUUUUGUGAACAUGGUCACUGCCGAGCAGGCUGAUGCCGCCAAGGAGGGUCUCCAGGGUGAGGUCAUCGAAGGUCGCACCCUGAGUAUCGAGAAGGCUCGUCGUGCCCGUCCUCGUACCCCUACUCCCGGAAAGUACUUUGGUCCUCCCAAGCGUGAUGGCCCUGGUGGACCCCCUGGUGGUCCUGGUGGUCGGGGAGGUGGUCCUCGCCGUGACCGUUACGAUGACCGUCGUGGCCCCUCCGGUGGCGGCUGGCGUCGUCGCGACGAUGACUACUCCCGCUACGGUCGCUAUGACUCUUACAAUGAUCGCCGUGAUUAUGGCCGUGACUACGGACGUGACUAUGGCCGCCGUGACUACGGUGGUGGUGGUGGCGGUGGUGGCCGUGACUAUGGCGGUCGCCGUGAAUCGCGCGAUGACUACGGAUACCGUGGAGGCGGUGACCGCUACGGUGGUGGCCGUGAUGACCGUUACAGCCGUGAUGACCGCCGUGGAGGUGGUGAUGAUUCUCGCGGCGGCGGCGGUGGUUACUACGAUCGCGACGCCAACCCUCCUAGCUUCGAUGCUGCCGGCCCUCCCCGUGAGGCUCGCGACCCCUAUGCUGGUGGUGGUGGACGUUCCUACGAAGGGCAAGCACGCAGCAGCACUGGCGGUGCUCCUGGCGCCGGCGGUGGCGGCGAGGAUCGGUACGCUGGUAGGUAA